AUGUUCAACAGUGAAUCAUCCAGCUCCAACGCUGCUGGCAGCGUCGACCCCUAUGCUCUCUUCGAGGCCCUCACUGGCAAGAAGAUCAGCCGCGAUGCCCUGUCCGAUGCUUCUUCGAAGACCGAGGACUAUGAUGACCUCCGUGACAUCAGCAUGGAUAACCGCAACGGUAUGGGUCGUGAGAUCCAGCCUGAUCACCGCCCCAAGGAGGAGGAGGUCAUGAUUGGUGCCAUCAACCCCUACGCCAUGGUUGAGGCCAUGCUUGGCCACAAACUUGACCGCCGCAACAUGAACGUUUCUCGCAUCCUCUCUGAUGUCCUGCAGACCGACUACGAUGAGCUCUUUGACCUCAAGCACCGCUCUGUCCUCUUUGCCGGUCUCAAGCUCAACGAGCAAGAGCGCCGCGCCGAGGAGCUCAAGCAGAACGACGUCAAGAUCCUCUCGGAGCGUGAUCUCGUCACCCCUGACCUGUCCCGUGUCCAGAGACUCGGUGACCUUGAGAAGCUCGGUCUCGACAAGCUCGAACAGACCAAGAUCAAGGAGGCCCGCAUCCAGAACGGCAAGCUUCGCGUCGUUCUCGAGGGCGAGAACAUUGCCCGCACUGUAUCCAACCGCGCGUUCACCCGCAGCAUGAACGAGCUCGCCACCCGCUACCGCGACCAGAAGGAGCAGCGCCAAUGGACUCCUCCCAACAGCGCAUGGCGCGACAUUGACGAGGUUGUCUUCCAGCACGCUCCCAUGCGCCUGGUAGCCGAUGUCAACCGCUUCCGCCUGGGCUACCACAACAACAUGUUUGAGGCUAACAGCGACUGCAACCACGUCAGCCGCUUCGACGACCCUGUGCAGGGAGCCACCAGCAACUCUUGGCUCAUUGCUGCCAUCUUCUCCGUCUUCUGGGCCGACCCGUCCCAGAUCCAGCGUGCUUCUCGCAAGCCCCACCGCCGCAAUGAGAACGACCGCGGCAACAUGCAAGAUGAGGACAUGAACCGCGGCCGCCGCCUCGAGAUCAAGUUCCACGACAAGGGCGGAAAGCGCAACAACGCCGACACCCGCACCAUCGAGGUCGACUACGAGGUCCCCAUCAACAAGUCCAGCAACGACCCCAUCUACUGCCGUGCUUCUGGCGAGAACGACAUCUGGCCCGCCCUGUACGAAAAGGCCUAUGCCAAGUGGAUCACCCGCACCAACAAUGAGCGCCCCGACAUCACCCAGACCGCCCACGGUGACCCGAUCAAGGCCAUGGCCCAGAUCAACGGCCGUGAGCCCCACUACUACUUCACUGAGCGUCACCAGUCCCAGGACAUCCUCGGCGUUGUCCGCCAGAACAGCGUCAACUUCAAGACCAUCUGCCCCAUGGCCGCCUUUACCCACGCUUCGGGUUACAUGUACCGUGGCUCCAACCUGGUUGCCAACCACGCCUACUCCGUCCUUGGCUGGACCAACCACGGUGAGCGCCAGUACAUCAUCCUGCGCAACCCGUGGGGUGUCACCGAGCCCAUGGGCCUGACUGCCUACCCCGGCCUCAUUGACCGCGUCGAGCCCUCCUUCUGGCGCCCGGCCUGCCUCCUCGACCACGAGGGUGUCCUCGCCGUCGAGGCCCACGCCUUCCGCGAGUACUUCCGCUGCAUUGGUGUUGCCAAGUGA